ACAGUCAAAUUUUUCAUUGCAAACAUCAAGCUGAAGAUUGAGCAUUUUUCAAGAACAAUGAAGACGGCUACUUUACUUGUUUUCUUGCUGUUGGGAUUGGCAUGCACCUAUGGUAAGUCACUACAAUCUCUAGUGUUUCAUGCCAUAAAUCGUGACAUUGUUCUAGUUUUCAGUAGACUUUCUCGUAGGAUCGCUUUUUGUUGUACUCGUUCCAGUCAUAACUCGUGGAAACUCUUGAAUCAGAAUAACUCAUGUCCUGCAAACUGCAAGGAAACAUCGUUGUAUACCAUUUAAACUGUAUAUAUUAUCUUAGAUUUUAUUUUAUUACAUGGAAAAUAAUCGAUAUCAAUGAUCUUCAUUGUAUUCUAGCUGUGACAGCUGAAGAGGAGAUCGCCGAAGAUGAACCUGCAGGAAUGGAUGAAUUGAUUAAGGAUGAUGAUGGUGAUUAUUUCUAUUUUAAUUUUCUGUGGUGAAAAGAUUGCACUUCCUGAGAUCUCCAGAUCCUGGGAAAAAUUUGCUAUGGCAACAAGGCUAAGGACUGUGAGGAAUAGUUUCGAACUCUCACCGAUAUGCAUGGCUAUUGCUUUAUAUAAGAGAAUCUCCAGCAUAUGUUAAUAUUUUUGACGUAUAUAUAAUGUAUACAUAAUAAUAUAUUAACGCAUUAUAAUAAAUAUAUAUGCAACAGUCAGUCACUUAGUGUUGCCAUUGAAAUGAACAUAACUGGAACGCUUCCUUCAGAUAAGCUGCCUAUCUUUUUCUUGAAGCCAAAUCGGGGUCAAGACCCAUGCACGUGUUUAUAUCAUGAUUGACUGAUUGAGCGCUCUUCGAAUGCGUAAAAAGACUGGGACUGGCCUUCAAAUUUGACUUCAAAUUUCCGAUUGGAGGUAGCGUUCUGCCGUUCAAGUUAUAUUCAUUUCAAUGAGUGUUGCGCAUAUAGAUAAUGGUACAAUGAAUGGUCAAAUUGUUCUUUGUUUUAUAGCACAUUUUUGAAUUUUAUUCUAAUUUUUAAGUUAAUAGUUUAAAUGAAAUUUGUUUUUUAAAUUGACAGAAGAAACUGAAAAUGACGAAGAACAAGAUGAAGAAAAGAGAAAUCCCCGUACGUAGACAAUUGUUUUUUAGUUUUAUUUAUUUUUCUCCCUUUUGUAUACAAAAAUUUAAAAAAAAUAAUCGUGUAGCCGGCUCACACAACGCCAGCAACACGAGCCUGCGUUCGGUGUUCGCGUAAUUCGGAAUACUUCAUGUUGAAACAAUGCAUGUAUUUUGAGUAUAAAGAGCGCGGUCCCCGAACAAGCACCGCCCUCAUAUAAGCUCGACAUUAAAAAUUUAAAGAGCCCACGGCGUUUAAACGAGUGAAUACGGUAUUUAGUAUUUAGUACGGUAAAUAGUCUAAAACAUCGUUAUUUCUAAAUUGCUAUUCGCAUUUCUAAAUUGCUAUUCGCACUUCUAAAUUGCGAAAUUAGCUUCGGUUGUCGAGGUCAGCGUGUAUAAAUGAAGUUUUCUAUCUUUUAUCUAUCUAUCUAUUCCUGUAGAAAUAUUUGAGAAAAACACACUUCGAAAUCGCAUGCAAAACGCGUGAACAAGCUAGAUCUCGGCUACAUUAACAUUUGGUACAGUUUCCAGGGUAGCUAAUACCAGAGUAAAACAUAUAAAAACUUUGGACUGGAUGAAAUAUAUUCCAAUAUGUUCUUUCCUCUAAUUACUCGCCCUCCAAGAAUAAAUAUACCAAUCAAUUUGAUGAUCACCUAAAAGGUGGUCAACUGUUCACGUGCAGAUGUUUCGGAUCACAUUCCAGUUCUGUAUAGUUGCUUUGAAAACAAUUAGACAGUAAGGAAAAAAAUGACUUUACAAUUCGUGACAAAUAAUUUGCAGGGUCGUACGCAGGAUUUUUUCACCAGGGGGGCUAUAUGCCGAAAAAAGUCCCAAAUAUCCAAAGAAUAAUUAAUAAUGACAUUCUAAAAAUAGUAAAUAUAGUUUUGUCUGGGAGUGGGACAGUUGCCUCCCCCUCCCCCAGCUGCGUAAGGCCCUGAUAAUUUGAAUGAUUUGAUGAUCCAAAUCAAUCACAUCAAUCUUUCAUUCUAAUUUUACCCAAAUAUAUAACACAUGCUUUUCAAUUAAACAAAUAAAAAGGAAACAUCAUUUUAUCAGUAAACCAUGGCUAUCUAUAAAGGUAUUUUAAUAUCUAUAAAAAGAAGGAAACAUUAUAUAAGCGUUACUUACGCAACCCUACAUCUGAAAAUGAAUUGUUUUACUGAAAAGAUACAAAAACAAAUUCAAUCAUUCUGCAGUGAAAAUCGUCAAAUCAUCAUAUUAUGUUAGGAAAUUAUAAAAUGUUAAAACUGAUAUCAAAUCCACUUGGAAGGCUCUUAAUGAAGUUAUUAAUAAAAGACCGAAAACUAAUUUUUCCUCAUCGUUUAAAAGUAGUAUCAACAAUACAGAAAUUCCAGACCCUGUUGAAAUUGCUAAUAAGCUAAGUUCUGCAACUAUUCAGUUUCUGGUAUUGGUCCAAACCUUGCUAAGAAAAUUCACCCAUCUUCCAAAUUCCAUCGACAAUUUCUUUCAAGUAACUAGUGUUGAAAUCGGGGCUUUUUAACAGUCAAAGCCCCCCAAUCCCCACGGUGACCCUUCCCACUCAAACAUCUUAUAAGCAAAACAUUGGAAGAAAUGUUUUCAUAAACAUACCAUCAGCAUUUACUUAACUGAAGAUUUAGUGUAUCUACAGUAUAUUGUAACGCUGUAUAUCCAAAAAUCUGUUUCGGAAAACGUACGAAAUGCAGUCUCCUAUAUAGCCAGUAUAGUAUGGUCCCUAAAUGCCCCCCUCUCCCCCGGACAAAAUCUUAAAUAAAGCCCUUGUUGAAAUUAUAGAAAUUGCCAAAACCUUUCAGUCAAACAAAGCUGCUGGUUAUGACAAAAUCUUUAUGUCAACAAUCAAGCAGCUAUAAGUAUCAUUGCUGAGACACUUGUUCACGGCUACUAGUAAAACCAGGAACACCGGAACACCGGAACAACGGAACACUGGAACAGCAUCAUUCCGGAACACCGGAACACUAAAAAUUCUUAAUUUGUUAAAAAUUUGGAAAAAAAAUUACCGGGGGGGGGGGGAUGAAAUUAUUGCUGGAAAAAUUAUUGCGUAAAACAUCCUUUUUAAUAAUAUUCUGACUUGCCGAUUCCUACUAUAAAUUACGAACUGAAGUCAGUCUCAAAUCAGAACAAAAUUCCCUACUGAAUUGAGUUAAUAAAUUUUAAACAUAGUGAAAUAGACAAAUAGACACACAUGCGUUGGAAUAUUAUUUAAGCUAUGACUUACAAGGCCUACAUUUGUUUGUAUUUUUGUCAUUUUUAUUGACUGAAAUGGCGAAAGGUUAUUAUCAUGCUAAAAGUUUCCCUCCCAUCGCUGCUUAUGUGUUGUGUUAGAAACGAUAAAGUUGCUAUUACGUAUAUUAAAGAAUUGUAAGUGAUCCUAAAGUAAACGCAAACUUUUAACGAGUGAUAAAACAAGGAAGCCAAUCAACGAUAAGUUUGUAAAAACAAGGAAACCAAUCAACUGUUGUUACACUAUUAAUAUUGACCAACAGCCGGCCAAAGCCCAAAGGUCAUGUUUUCAAUAACAAACAAAGUCAGAUAGCCAUUUAUUGUCAACAAAUAACACGGUUUGAUUUCUUCUUUUCGGGCAAAUAUUUGUUAAUUUGAGACUGAUUUCAGUUCGUAAUUUAUAGUAGAAAUCGGCAGGUCAGAAUAUUAAAAAGCAUGUUUUACGCAAUAAUUUUUCCAGCAAUAAUUUCAUGCCCCCCCCCGGUAAUUUUUUCCAAACUUUUAACAAAUUAAGAAUUUUUAGUGUUCCGGUGUCCUGGAAUUCCGGUGUCCCGGAAUGAUGCUGUUCCGGUGUUCCGUUGUUCCUGGUUUUACCAAUAGCCCUUGUUCACUUAAUUAAUUUAUGAAUAACAAGUGGUAUUGUUCCGGAUGAAAUGAAAAUUGCAUGUGUUAUUUCGUUGUUUAAUUGAAACGGGUGAUCGUGCAUUAUUUUCAAAUUAUCGACCAGUAUCGAUACUUCCAAGUUUCUCUAAAUUCUUGGAACGGAUUACAUAUAAUCGUUUAUUAAUUUAUUGAGAUAGAUUUAAAAUAUUAUACGAAAAUCAAUAUCAAUUUCGCAAAAAUCAUUCAACUUCGCUUUCUCCGAUAGAUCUAUAGAUGAUAAAAAUUUCAGGUGCAAUAUAUUAAUAGAUAGGAAAUUUCGGUAGGAAUUUUCUAGGACUUUUCUAAAGCUUUUGAUACUGUGAACCACGAUAUUCUUUUUAAUAAUUAAAAAUUGCAAUGGAUAAAGAUUUAUUUCACGAAUAGAUUUCAGUUUGUUCAAUAACAAGAAUAUUACUCAAUACCUCAAAACGGUUUGUUGUGGGUACCUCGGGGUUCAAUUCUUGGUCCUAUUUUCUAUGUAUUAUUCAAUGACUUAUUAUAUAUUUAAGAAACUUGUCUUGUUGAAAUUAGAUGAUAUUUGUUUGUUACAACUUGGUCAGUUUAUAUUUAGUCAUAAACAUAAUCUUUUUCCAAACAUAGUCAUGCAAUUUGAUACGUUCGAAGUCAAAACAUUUUUCGAAUUACCACAUGCCUUUGUGUAGAACAAAUAUUAGACAAUUUUCAAAGUUUUUCGAUUCUCUUCCUUGUGAGUUGAUAAACAUAGACUCUUUUUACUUAUUUAUUUAAAGAAAUUGAAAGUUAACUUUUCCUUAAUUGUUAGAAUGUUAAAAUGUGUAAUUAGAUCCACUAUAUAUUUUGAUAUAUAAUGUUCCAUAGAAUUAAAAGCGAGCCUAAGUUUAUAAAAGCCUUUUGGUUUCUUUUUGCGCUCCCUUGUUAACAACGCUGAUAUAUUUAAAAUAUUUUUUAAUUUUGUAGUGUGUUUGUAAAUGGUUGGUACUAAAUCAAACCAAUUAAAACCAAUUAAUUAAUCAAUUAAUAAUAAAUUAGUUAAUUGUUAAUUAAUUAAAUUAAUUAAAUCAAUUAAAUUAAUUAAACAUUUUCCGAAGCGUUUCAGAUUAAAUUUUACAUUUAAUCAAUGCUCACAAAUGCAAAAUAAUUUAUCUACAAUAGUAUUUCUGAAAUUCAUUAUUGUUAUAGUUAAAUGUACUUAUCUUUUAAUUAACUAUUUUGACGUUUUGUACAAAAAAUAUCACAAAAUUUAAAAUUUAAAAAUAUCGAGUUCAGUUGUCAUGGCAACACUUGACGACACAACGCAAGCCUGCGGUCAAUGUUAGCUACUUACUGAUAUUUCAUAUUAAAUCAAUCUUUGGAAAAUGUAGGCGAGGGAUGAAUUGCUGCAUUCAUGUAUUUUCUAGUAUUAUGUCGCUGUUUAUCAGUUAUUUCCAACAUAGAGUGCAGUUUGGUUUACAGUAGAUCAUACGUCUUUUUGUAAACGUCCUUCUAGCGGUUCAUCUGUCUUCGAGCUAAAAAAACAUGAUUUAUAACUUUUAACAGUGAUUUUAGAAUAAACCAUUCUGAUUGAUUAACAAAUAGUUCGUCUAAUUGCGUAUUUAUACAUAGACUGUGUAUGUUUGUCUGCGCAGAUAGUUCUGAAUCCUGUAACUGUCGCUUUCUUUUUCCAUUAAGGCCGUCCCUGCAAAAAAUGUAUUAAAUACAAACAGGGGGGAAAAUUCUGUACCAGAUCCUGUCGGUGCAAGUGUGAUUGCAAGAGAAAAAUGUGCCCAAGGGGUUGUGG